CUUCCGGUGUAGCUCAAAAUGGCAGUCAUGGAAGGACCCUUGAGUAAAUGGACUAAUGUAAUGAAGGGGUGGCAGUACCGCUGGUUUGUCCUGGACACUUCUUCUGGUAUUUUAUCAUACUAUACGUCAAAGGACAAAAUGAUGAAAGGUUCUCGUCGUGGGUGUGUAAGACUCAAGGGAGCUAUCAUCGGUAUAGAUGAUGAAGACGACAGCACCUUCACUAUUACAGUUGAUCAAAAGACAUUUCAUUUUCAAGCACGAGACAGUGAGGAAAGAGAACGAUGGAUUGAUGCCUUGGAAAGAGCAAUUGAAAGGGUUCAGAAUGAUGGCAGGGAUAAUGGUGGGCUUCAAGUAAGUCCAGAACAGUUUGAUAGAAAGCUGAUGGAGACAGAUGCAUAUCUACAACUGCUUAUUGAGCAGAAUAAAACUUUAGAAAAGAGAAUCAGCAAGUGCCCAGAUGUGGCAACAAAAGAAAAAUACAACGUGAUCAAGGUCACAGCUGAUGCCAUGAUUGAAGCAAUUAAACAUGCCAUAAUAAGCCUCCAGAUUUCUAAGAAACUGAAAUGUGCGUGCUGUUGGAAGAGUCAUUCCAAGGAGAGUUUGAAAGAACCUGUUUUGAAUGGAUCUCCUCAUGGUACACCUUUAACAGAUGAGGCAAACUUUGAUCACUUCACAGCUUCUUCUGCCCAAUCUGUGGAGAGGACAGCUCGGUCUUCCAUCUCAUCAUUCACAGGCGACAGCCUUGUAGUACCUCAUACCUCUUACUCUAGUAGUGAGGAUGAUGAGUUUUAUGAUGCAGAAGAGAUCAAGACCCCCAAGCCCUCGCCUCAUAAAGAAGUUUUUGAAGAUUCAAGUGUUGAUGGACCUUCUCCCAUUCCCAAUGCAGGAGACAACAGUACCUUUGAUGAUUUGUAUGAUAUUCAAAAUGAAGAAGACUUGGGUUCUAUGGAGCAGCAUGGAAGUAUUAUCGGCCACCUGCUGUCUCAGGUUCGCAUUGGCAUGGACCUGACCAAAGUUGUUCUUCCUACCUUCAUUCUUGAAAGGCGUUCUCUUCUAGAGAUGUAUGCCGACUUCUUUGCCCAUCCAGACCUUUUCUGCAAGAUUGCAGACAUGCCAACUGCCAGGGAUCGUAUGGUGCAAGUGGUGAGGUGGUACUUGUCUGCCUUUCAUGCAGGGCGCCCCAGUGAGAUUGCCAAGAAACCUUACAACCCAAUUCUGGGUGAGACAUUCCAGUGCUACUGGACGCUACCUGAGACCUCAGAAUGCCAGGAAAAAGUAGAUGAUGGACCAAUACCAUGGGGUACCAAGGAAAAUCUCUGCUUUGUCGCCGAACAGGUGUCUCAUCAUCCACCCAUAUCAGCAUUUUAUGCAGAGCAUUACAACAAGAAGAUAUCCCUUGAUGGCUACAUCUGGACCAAGUCUAAAUUCCUUGGCCUGUCGAUAGGUGUCCACAUGAUCGGUCAGGCAGUUAUAUCUGUGAUUAACCACGAAGAAGAAUAUUGGCUCACAUUCCCCAAUGGAUAUGGCAGAUCAAUUUUGACAGUACCUUGGGUAGAACUUGGGGGCAAAGUACAAAUUACAUGUGCCAAGACAGGCUAUAAUGCCAGUGUUGAAUUUCACACCAAGCCAUUUUAUGGAGGCAAGAAAAAUCGUGUCACAAGCCAAAUUUUUGAACCCAAUGAAAAGAAACCUUUUGUCACCAUUGAAGGGGAAUGGAAUGGUGUGAUGUACGCCAAGUACAUUUCAGGGAUGAAUGAAACUUUUGUCGACACAAGUCGCAUUGCUAUCCACAGAAAGAUUGUACAGCCAGUUGACCAACAAGGAGAAUUUGAAUCUCGAAGGCUGUGGAAGGAUGUGACUUAUGCCUUAAAGAUGAGAGAUGUGGACAAAGCCACGGAAUUCAAACAUUCUUUAGAACAACGACAGAGAGAGGAGGCCAAGGUGCGCAAGGAUACUGGGACUGUAUGGAAAAACAAGUACUUUUAUGAAGAUGGAGAAAACUGGGUGUAUUAUAGGCCACUGCUGAAACGGCUGCAGCAAGUCUAGAAGUGAUCUGCUAAUGCUGAUGACUGUUUCUGAAUUGCUUAUGAUAAGGACAGAGUUCGUAAUGCAGCUUUGAUUACUCAUUUGUGUGCAAAUGCACUCCCACCAUUUGCCACAUGUAUUCAUGAUGACAUACAUGUACAUAUGCUUGAAUGCACACACACACACAUAGAACACUUCACAAACCCACCUCCUACCAUAUUGAAUCACUGCUGUCUCAUGAAAUGUUUUGUUUUGCUGUCAGAUGGGGGCAAAUGUAUAUUUGCUUAAGCGUGAGACCAAAACAAAAUGGGUGCAUGUGUAAGAUUUCCCUGCAUUGACCACAAGAGUAUGUGUGUCAGUUUGUGUAAGAGAUAAGGGCAGUGUGUAUGCUGUUGCAGUACAAUAUUUUUAAGGACUGGACCUUAGCACUUUUGAGCGCCUUCUACAAAAUCACCAUGGAAUGUGCCAGACUGGAUUUCCAACCUUUUUAUUUCAUGAGCAGAUGUAUAAUCCUGUAUUUUUUUUAUAGACCAUUUUCAUAUGAAGUGGUGCUUUUGAUUCUAAAAACUUGAGGAAGAAUUUAAAAAAUGCAGAGGUGAAAUAUUUUGUUUAUAGAAAAUGUGCACCUUUAGGUUCUCAGGUUCAUGAUUUAGUUCACAUUUAAGCUUUUUUGUGAUAUUGCACUUGUAAAUGUGUUUACAAAUCAUAUUUUUAUUAAUGAGAAUUCUUCACAUGAAAUUUGAAACUUUAAUGAUAAAUUUUUUGUGUAAUUGUAUGUCUUUAUUUUCUUGCCGUAAACAGAGAAUAAACAAUAUCACUUUUGUUCUAUGCUGAAUAUGUGGUAAACAAGGAGAAAGAUCACAUAAUGUGCUACAAAUAUUGUUAACAGGUAAACAUGCAUAUGGUACAUAUCUGCUUGCUGGUAUUUGUGAUUUUGUUUGUUGUAUGCUUAAAUUUUGGUUUGUAGUUUGUUGUGCACAGUGCAUUGAGCUCACCUCCACUCAGGGGAAAGGUGCUCUAGCAUUUUGAUUAUUAUUUGCUGUAAAUGUUAUAUAGUGAGCGCUGGUGCUGUAAAGAUUGUAAAUCUGAAAGAGUUUGCAUAAGCAACAGGCUACUGUGCUUAUUACUUAUGGUAAGCAACAGCUUUGCUCAGUGUUGUUAAUUUUUUUUUUGUAGCAAACAUAAAAGGCUGCAGGGCAUUAGAUGGGGCAUAUUCCUCAAAAAAAAAAAGAAAGUGGACAGUAUAUGUAUAAAGUAUUCUAUUUUGGAGAGCCAGAUCUCAUAAAUUUAUUGUUCACAAACAUAUCUUUGAUUUACUUUUUUUUUGCAUAGAAAAUGUAACAUGAAUAACUAUUUUAAAUAUUACAACAGAAAAUCUAUGUGAAUGCAUGAAGGUAUGUGAUGGAGGAAGUGGAGAUUCUUGGUCUUACCCAUGGAAUACAAAUUUGAUCAGUUGAUCUUCUCACGAAGUUAAAAAAAAAGGUUACGCACCACCUGGAUUAUUUAGUGCUAUUGUUGUCAAAAAGAACUAAUUAACAGUUGUCUUUCUUGCCAAAAUUUUAUGGCCCACACAUUAUUUAAGUAGAAGUGUUGCAGAGUCUUUUAUUGAAAAAAGGACAAGGCUUACAUGGGUAGAGCUAAUGAUGUCUCUUGUUCAGCUUUGUUGUAUACACUGCUUGGUUCUUUGGUAGAAUUUGGUUUCUGUAAGUCUAGUUUUGAGAUUCAUGUUGGCAGCAGUUUGUCGCGGUACUUUUGUACAGAUUUUAAAUUUCCUGUCCAGCACAGUUAGGUGCCUAAAUCCAUGAAAAGGUGAUGUAAGAGGUAACCUCAUAUACUAGUCCCUGCAUUUAGAUUUCAUUAGCAUGAGUUUUAGUACAUUUGAUAGAAAUGUUAGAGAAUGUGUCAGUCUUGUCAUAUGGAUACCAUCAGUGUUCCCAUUAUUGUUUUCUCUCAACUUGGAUAUGGACAUUGCAUCAAGUGAAUAUUGUGCCUGUUGAAUGCUGAUUCCCGUGUGUGUGUGUUAUGCCUUUGGGCCAGGACCAUGAUUAGUUCCAUUAUGUUGUGUAUGAUGAUGCUUUGAACAAAUUUUUCCAGGGGUCUGCCCUGGAUGCAUCUAUGCAAAAAGUUCUUUCCCGGUUGUUAGGGCUUUUCAUAAUUAAGAAGUGUGCAGAUUUCAAAGACAAGUUUGUAUUCUUGUGUAAUUUUAGCCAUACACUGCAACACAUUGCAACUUGUUCACAGAAAAAUAGAGAUUAGUUAAUUUUGAUGAUUUUAAACUACAUUCCUUAAUGAAACAGCCUUCAGAUGAUUUUGUUGACUGUAUGUUACUUGGAUUUUUAAAUAAUUUUUAAAAACAUGCACUACUGUGCAUAGUGAUUUAACUGGGAGAGUCCUCCCAUCACCCUUCAUGAAUUUUAAUAUCUGUUUAAGUCAGAAACUUCAAUAUGAAUGAUGUUAAUGGUGGGCAGAGGUUAAUGGCAGUCCCUGUAGGUCAUGUAGGAUAUCACAGAAACUUCACAUGAUUCAGAUACCAUAAAGAAUGGCUGUGAUGCCUUGAACAGAUUAAACAUGAUUAUUUUUAGAUUAUCAGUUUGUAACAAGUUUACUAAAGGUCACCUUGAGUAGACUUUUAAACAGCAACAUGAGGUGGAGAGGAGUGGUCAAAUGGCUCUCUUUUGCACUUUUUAUGCCUUUGUUUUGCAUGUCCCGAUUCUGCAAAAAAACAUUGAGUGCAUUUGUGUGUGUGAAGUGAGAAAUUUUUUUUUCUUAAAGUUAAAAUUAAAUUGAUAUAUAGAACUAGCUUAUGGAAUAGAUGUAACCAACUCUUUUAACCAAAGAGUGAUGUACCAUUGAUGAUGUUGGCAUUAGCUUCUUGGUUGAAGUAUUGUGUGAUUUGUGCAGAAAUAAAAUUUCUGUGUGCAUAUCUUAGGCUGAAAUACAAGAUAUGGAUAUUGGCAUUUUAUGUUAGCAGGUUUUCUAUUUUUCAAUCUAAGCAAUGGAGAGAGUUGCAGUUUAUCAGUUUCAUUAUUUUGAUCCAAAGGAACUAUUAACGCAGUAAAUAUGUAUCAAAUUGCCAUUUUGGAGUUGAAUUGCUUUCCUCUUCAUGACAGUUCCAUGGGUGUCUUGUGCUGGCUUUCAUAUCCACUUAAUUUGUUGAAAUUUCAAUGAAGCGAUGUAAUACACAAAUGUAUUACGAAAUGUAAGGUAAACAUUGAAGAGUUCUGCAAUGGUGCCUAGGUUAGUUUCUAGUUACGGCAACAGAAGACUAACGGUUUGCCCAGUUAUGCUUUUGAGAGCCUUUGCCUUAAACAGAAGUAUUAUUUUGUCUUCCAUAUCGGUUGCAUAUUGUGCAUGCAUGCUUGUGUUUAUUGGUAUGCAUGUGGAAAGUGAGAAUUUCAGAUACUUUUUGUAUGUUACUGGGGAUUUUGGAGGUGAGAGGCUUAAAGAGAUUAAGAAUAGUAAUUUAAUCAUGUAGUUUAUGGUAAAAAGAGUUAACUUACAUAUUUCUACUAUUCAGCCAAAGUUCAAUAGUUUUCUUAAUUUCCUUGUGAGCAGAACUGGCAGAGGUACAAUAAGAUAUAGAUAUGCAAGUGCAUUUUUUAUGUUUCCUUGCACUGACUGAGACAGAAAUUUGUGAACAGUUCAAAUAGCCUGUGAGAAUGGAUGGUGAAGCUGUGGGAAGUAUGUCAUCCAGAGGUGUGUCCAGGUCUAUAAAAGUCUUGCUGCAAAAUAAAAACUUUUGUCGUCGUA